GUGACGUCUUCGACAUGAUAUGAUGGCAGGCCUAGGCCAUUGAAGAAGUCAGACCUGAAAUGUGGUAAUUUUCCAUUCAAAUACAGGGUAUUAACUGGAUUUAAAGUGAAAGACCAAGUAAUGGGAAGGAGCUAGCCAGUACUACAGUAUUCCCAUGAAAAUUGAUCCACUGGGUUUGUGCAAUAAUAGAAACCUGCCAGCAUGCCAAAACGCACCUUUGACAGCGUUAGCUCUGAGACCAGUGUUAUAGCGUCUGAGUCUGAAGACAGUGUAAACAGCAGUAUAGACAGUACUAACACAACUGGUAGUACAGGAGUUCCAUCUAGUCGGGAUGAAUUACCCCCUCAGAAGAAGAAGCAAAAGAGGUCUGUGAAUUUUAAUGGAGUCACAGUUUUCUACUUCCCCAGAAAGCAAGGGUUCACUUGUGUCCCCAGUCAGGGUGGAUCAACACUGGGUAUGGGAGAGAAACACACUCACACAGAGAAGUUCACCUUGAGUGAAUACAAACGUCUGCAGCAUCAGAUCCACCAGCGUAUGAUCAAGGAGCAACGUCAAAUGCAGAAACAGCUUCAGUUACAGCACCAGCAGCAACAACAACAAGGACAACAACAGCUGAUCGAACAAGAAUCUCAUAGUGAUGCCUCAUCUGACAGUGACAAUCCAACGUCCUCCGACUCUGAAGAUGAAACUGAUCUAUAUUUCUUACAGCCAGUCUCCACACGACAGAGGCGCACACUACUACGACAGUCAGGCAUUAAGAAAAUUGACAACAUGGAGAAGGAUGAGUGCAAGCAGAUACGCGUGUCCCGUGAGGUGUGUGGCUGUGACUGCAAGGUGUACUGUGACCCAGAAACAUGCGUUUGUAGUCUGGCUGGAAUCAAAUGCCAGGUGGAUCGUCUUUCCUUUCCAUGUGGCUGCACCAAAGAUGGCUGUGGCAACCUGGCAGGGAGAAUAGAGUUCAAUCCUGUGCGGGUGAAAACUCAUUUUAUUCAUACUCUGAUGAGACUGGAACUGGAAAAGAAAAACAAUAUGUCACAAGGCUCUGACAUAUCAGGAGGAUGGAGUGAGAAGGAGGAGAAUUCACAAGGUAGAGACAGCAAGAAAGCUAUUGACUUAUCACAGUUCAAUAGUAAUGAAAGAGGGAGCUGUCGGGACUGCCAGAACUCUGCUGUCAAUGACAUUGUUAUGAGGGAUGUACAGCUGAGUACCGGGAAUGUGGCUGACUUGGAAGGCUGCAUAACCAAUACUGACUUUGCUGCAUUACAUUAUGGCAGCGAGGCCCAAAUGGAGGCACCCAUGCCCAAUGCAGGCAGCUCCGAUACCAUCCCUAGAGUUAUGUUCUUUAACGAUAGCAGUGACGAAGAGUUCCAUCACAGUGAAAAUACCACCAGCAUGCUGUUCCAGCAGAAACCACCAGAAGAGAGCUCGUACUCUGAGAGCAGCGACGGCUCUGAGGGGACAUACGAGGAUGCUUAUCACAACCUGACCUCCUUCCAGGAGACGGCUGCCAGUCACACAGACGUCAUUGCGCUCAACUCUCAGUCAGUUCAAGACAACACACCAGAACACAAAUACCUUGAACUGGAUGGGGGAUCCACCUCCUUCAAGUUGGAGCCUAUCUCAGAAAUGCUGAAUCCCAUCCGCUUCCCUUCCCUGCCUCAUUCCAGCAGUCCUAAUCACCAACAUCGGCCUUGCUGGACAGAGGGCAGUGAGAGGUCAUUCACAGCUGACCCGGUGUCACCAGCAGCUUAUGGUGCUAGUAAUGCUUAUUCCUUGCAGAAUGUUUCUUCUACAGAGAGUUCAUUUUUAACAGGGGAGUAUGUGCAAGCUACAGGGGGUUCUAGUACAGGGUCAUUAUAUUCAUGUAACCCAGGGUAUAGUCAAGUUUCCCACCAAAGGAGUCCUAGUCAGAAUGGAGGCGACUAUGGGAAUGCAGGGAGUGCCAUGGCAUGCAUUUCUAGUGUCACCUCCGAGUUUUCUGUCCAAACUAACGGCUUUCUUGAUUCCAUUGACACAAAUCCUUUUAGUUCCCAUUUUACUAGUAACCAGGCUAUCAAAAUUGAAGGCCCUGAGACGGAUUCUACCUUUGACCCACCCCUCCCCACCUCCAGCUCCGCCAGUGGAAGCUCCACUCAUAACAACUGCCGUCACCCAUCACUGGAGAGUACUCAUAUGGAGGGAACAAAUCACAACUUAAAUCAGGACCAAAGAGAUACUGGGCAAACCUUUGGAGAGAUUAUAAAAGAAUCUAUCGUAGAAACUGUAUCUGCCUAAGUGAAUCAUUCUGAAGACCAAAAAGAGCUGUAUUUUAGCACAGCUUUUACGGCACCAGCGAAUAUUAUGUGGAUUCCUUACAUAAUACAGAUUUAAGAACAUUAUAUGCCUUUAUGUAACAUUUCUGGAACAUUGUUGGCAACUAUUUAUUUUAUUGAAAUUUUUUAUUGGUAACAACACAGGACAUCUGAUAUACAGCCAGCAUUCUCAUUUUUUGCAAGGUUCCUCAUUUCCAAUUUGUGAUUUUUUUUUUUUUGUUCAGACUUUCAAAAAUAAGAAAAUACAAGGUACCUUUUAUUCUCCACCUGUACCCCAAAUUCAUUUUUGCAGCAAAGGGAAUUUUUCUCAUUAAGGAUGAAGAUAAUUUCUUAAUGGUAGUGUUCUUUAUGCUAUCAAUUUUUCUCAUGCUGAGGCUCUGUUAGGUCUGAGCAUAAAAUCAAUAAUCAAUUUCAUAAAAAUUCUAUCUGCAAGAUAAACGAGGGGUAGUUCCAUACCACUGUAGAGUGGGAAAAAAAUCAAUUCUUGCCAAUGAGAUGUACAAGUAUUGCUUUACAUUUUCCUCCCAUUAUUAUAGUCUGCCUCAAAGGGCAGCUCGUCCAUCAGGAAUACAUCAUAGGGUGAUCUGUUUCUGUCCAAUUUAUUACCCAAUGGAAAGACGGGUCCUUUAAGAUGAUAACAGUUGGCUAAUGGCUCUACUUGUCAUCGAUAGAAAUAAUACGGUAACUGUUUGUAAAAUGGGGGGAUGGUAGAUAAGAGUUUAAUCUAAUGGGGUUAAUUUAUUAAAAAAAAAAGGGGGGAUAGAUUGGGAUCUGAAAAUUUUGUCUGAUGGUGCUUGUUUGACAUAAGUUAAAAAGACCAUCUUAAUUUGUCAUUAAUGGUGUUAGUCACAAGUCUUAGGUGUGCAAGUUUUAGGUGAAAGGUAAAGAUCUCAGACUGGUUACAUUGUAUCAAAUGUAUUCCUUGGAUUUUGUGGAUGUAUAAGUGUCUUCUGAUGUGUUGAAAUAAUAUUAUUCCUACACUACACUAAGUGUAUGCCAGUGUGAAGCUUUUAGAAUGUCAUCGCAGUAUUCAGUGUUCGAUUAUUCUGAAAAGCAUUGAUUCACAAGCAAUAAGCUGGCAAGGUGUUGUAAUUGCUGUACAUCAAUAAUGUGAAUGUAAAAGAAAUGAAUACAAAUGUCAUCUUUAUGUGAAGAACAUAUUCGCUUGCCAUAUUGGUGCUCAUUUUUGUUCCCCUUGCUUUGUAUAUUUAUGAUAAGUUAUUAUUUUAUCUAGUAUUAGGCAACUGGAUGACAGUUUUUAAACUGGUGUUAGGAGAGUAUUUUUGUCUGUUAAAAGGCAUGGCAGCCUUGGCAGUUAGUCAGCUGGUGCAAUAAGAAUAUUAUGAUAUAAAAAAUGGCAUUGUGAAGUCACCUUAGGAACAUUUUGUUGGUAUUUGUGUCCCGAUUCCAUCAUUAUUAAAGAAGACUUUCUGGUUAUGCUGUAAGGUAAUUGGUACAUCCAUGUUGUAAUUAUGUUAUUUUUAUCAUUAUUAUAAAAGUGUUGCUGAUGUCAUAAACAUUUGGUUUUAGUUGAUUAGUCACUUAUUUUUUUCUUGCUGCAAUAAGUAUGGAAAAAAUUAACAGGUAAUAAUGUUCAAAUAGUGUAUCUAAACUUCUUGUUAUAUUGCUUUAAGCAUGGAUUGAUAAAUUAAUAUUUGCACUGAAUUUGUUUACUUGGAUUUUAAAAGUAAACUUUAUAUUCUAUGCUAGUCUAUUAAAUGGAUGCUUCAGUAUUUAUUGACAUAUUCUUACAUUUUGCAAGGUGCACAUUGUUACAGGUAGAACUUCAAUUUCUGGUGCUCUGGUGUUUCCUUCAAAGUAGCACUGAAGGUUUUAUAAAAAAGAAAUGUAUUUUUGAAAUCACAUUACUGAAGUAUAUAUGGGGAGAUAGAUCUUUAUUAUGUAACUUAUUGUAAAAGUAAUGCUAUUAAUGGUAUUCAGUGUAUUAUGGUAUUUUAUGGGGAAUUUUUACACCUAAAGUUUAUUGAUAUAUUAUGAACAAAGUUCUGGCCUAGGAUUCAUGUUUACAACUGUUCUUGCCUUCAGGAGGUAGAAAUCUUAAUACCAAAGUUCUCCCUUUCUAGAAGACUAAAGAUGCCAUAAUAUAUUGGAAAUCUAUGUUGUCAGUGUACAUUUUUGUGCAAUAAAUGUACCUGCAUGAA